AUGGAGCUAGAUGAGUUUGGGCGUGAGCGAGGCUCUCUCAAAGGCGAUCUCCCGGUCCACCGAGAGACCCUCCCUCAGCCAGGCUUCGUGGUGACCUACCCCGAGAAAGGGCUUCUUACGCCCUCCUAUCACCUUGGACUGGGUGAUGAAAGCCCAAAUCCCGAUGAACUGACCGGUCCGGCAGCUUUGCGUCGUGUAUCAGCUCCUAUCCCCUGGUCUGUCUAUGCCGUUGCUUUUGUGGAGCUGUGCGAGCGAUUCUCGUACUACGGAACACAGAAACGGCCUUGUGGCAUGGAUUUAAGUAAAGGAGUGUGCAGCUUCGAUAAAGGAGCAAGAGGUACUUACGUAUGCACCCAGCCCUGA